GGUCGACGUGCGGGUAGCUGAUUCCUUUGUUCUCCAGUGAAAGUACACGAUGUCUGGCCGUGGAAAAGGUAACAAAGUUAAGUCGAAGGGAAAAUCCCGUUCCACCAGAGCUGGAUUGCAAUUUCCGGUGGGUCGCAUUCAUCGAAUGCUCAGAAAAGGUCAUUAUGCGGAACGUGUAGGUGCUGGAGCACCGGUUUACCUUGCUGCAGUUAUAGAAUAUUUGGCUGCCGAAGUACUGGAAUUGACCGGAAAUGCAGCUCGGGAUAAUAAAAAAACCAGGAUUGUUCCACGACACGUGCAAUUGGCAAUCCGUAACGACGAAGAAUUGAACAAACUGUUGUCUGGAGUCACCAUUACUCAAGGAGGCGUGUUGCCCAACAUCCAAGUGGCCCUCUUGCCUAAAAAAACCGAUAAGAAAGCAUAAGCUUGUCGAUCGCCGCAUCAAUAUCAUAACAUAGAAAAUGGCCCUUUUCAGGGCCCAA